AAAUGUGUUUAAUUAUUUUAAUGGUAAUGAACUUAGAAGUGACAUUUAAAAACUGCGUGAAUGUCUUUCACAGUGAAAGGCAGGAUGUUAAGAAGCUGUGUUUUAUGGAGGAUUAACAAGGAUUAGGCUGUCAAACAAGACAAGCAUCAGCUUUAUCUCAUUAGCUCCCCCCUUAUCGGUAACAACUGCAAAAUCCUGCUCACGGGGAGAGGAGGACAUACAAUAUUAAUUAAAACCCAUACCUGCUCUUGUCUUUAGGAAACUCCCUCAUCGCUCUUAGACAAACAUCAUGGAUUUGUUCUGUAAAGACGCUUGAAAUCCCCCCCCUGUCCCCCGUGGGUUAUGUAAUGUGUGCUAACUAUAGGGGGGGUCAAAGAAAAAAAAUGGAAAAGAAACUGCAGCCAUUUAAAUGUGACGCAUGUUUGGAUGAUGCAUUAACCUGAGAAACGUGGGCCUGACGUGGGAGGGCAGAGGAGCUUUCUGGGGGGAGCGUCUCAUUUCAGAUCCUGGUCAUUCUAAAGAAAAAAGCUCCUUUGAAGGAUUGUUCAUCUGGAAGUUCAUUUUAACUUCAUAAGACCCCCCAACCUUCCUUAUCGCUCCCUUACCUUUUAUCAUGGGGCUCCACGAGUCACAGCACAGGUAAAUGUGGAGACAUGAGUGAACCCAGUGGAAGAUUUAGUCACUUCUUAAGGUUUCAUUGCUGCAAGCAGCACUGGAAUAUGUUUGCACUUGAUAAGUGCAGGAAAUACAUUUACAACUUAUAGAUGUUAUCUGUUCGAUGCAAUCUAGGUCAUCUGAGCGAGAUGCGGCGCUGUCACCUUUCAAAAUAGGUCAGUCUAGUGAGAAGGGGAUUUUCAAAAACAUGUUACAGUCCAUUGCGUUUCACCGCGAAGUGAUAUCAAGAUUCUGAUCAAGGUUUUGAAUUGACUAUCAUCUUUUUUAGGUUUAAAGUUCAUUUCAAUUAAUUUAUGUCGUCACAGGACAAGAGUCAGAGUGUUUUCUGGUCUGGAAGCUGCGGAUUCAACUAUAAAGUGAUAUAAUGAAGCAAUAGGAGUUAAGUGAAAAGAGUAUAAGUCUAAACAGAGAAACUUGUAAAUGCCAAAAAAGGCAAAUGUGGAGAAAAGCUGAAGAGAGUGGGCAGAUUUUGGGGUACUCUCUGACUCUCUGAUUAGCCCACGUCAAUGAAUCAUGUAAAGACGUCUCCAAAAAAGAAAAAAAAAUCAGCAUCUUUUGCUUUCGUAUAGCUUUAGGUUUCCUGUUCUCAAUACUGGAGCCGCAGGGAAAAAAAAACUAAGGUGGCAAAAGGUAUAUAAACGUGUCUUACUGUACUCAUCUGACUCAACAACUUCAACAUGACUCUCAGAGGUGUCACUGCUGCAUCCCUCCUCCUCUGCUUCCUACUGGGCAUGCUCAGUCCAGCUCCAGCUGACAGUGCCCGUUCGAACUUAGCCUGCUGUACUUCAUACAAUAAGAUGCAGCUGCCCUUCCAGCGCAUUCGAGGCUACAGAGAACAAAAUUCAAACUACUGUCGCAUUGAGGCCAUCAUUUUCUACACCAUCUACAACAGGCAGGUCUGUGGAAAUCCAAAGGAGAAGUGGGUGAAACAUUAUCUGGAUUUGCUGAGCAUAAAACUGAAAAACAUGUCCAAAGUCAACUCUGGACCAGAAAAGGCCGCGAUGGAGAGCCCCAAAAACCUGCAGGUGUCCAAAACUGUGGAAACCGUAACGAAGACUUUCCACAACUCGACUGAAAUUGUGUGAAAGAAAAAGAUGGUUUUGCAGCAACAAUUCAAGGAAAGAUGAUUUGUUGUUACAGAAACAAUCGAGUGGACAUUUCAAUCUUCUAAAUAUUUUAUUAUCGUUUUUUUACUUUAAUUUUUUACUUUACUAAGUUUUUUUAAUCAACAAGUUAGAGAUAAAAGCUUUUUUUAAAAAAAUAA